GCACCCCCUAUUGUCAAACGUAGUUCAAAUUUUCAUUUAGGCAGGCGGAAGAAGCAUGUUGUAGUUGUUGUGUAGAAAUGGCGAUCGCCAGUCACAACAGAAGUGACGCGAUUUCUUUUGAAAUUUUAAUAGAACAAAAGCGUGUGUAAUGAGACGCUGUGACACUGAGGAGGGUAUGUUUGUUUUCAAGACUAAAGAUGGUGAAAGAAUCCAUCAAUUGGUGCAAAGCUAUGCACACCAACUAGCAUUUGAUUCCAGUAAAUGCUUAUCAGCUGAUGACAGUGACAAUGACAAUUGCCUUUUUCGUCCACUUCCUCCAGUUCCAAACGCUGUGACACUGGGGAGGGUAUGUUUGUUUUCAAGACUAAAGAUGGUGAAAGAAUCCAUCAAUUGGUGCAAAGCUAUGCACACCAACUAGCAUUUGAUUCCAGUAAAUGCUUAUCAGCUGAUGACAGUGACAAUGACAAUUGCAUUUUUCGUCCGCUUCCUCCAGUUCCAAAUAUAAGCUCUAUAUUGCCAGUUUAUCGGAGUGAAGAUGACGACGACCAAGGAGACUACGACAGUAACGACUAUGGUGGGUACUAUGAGCCUUCAAUACUUGACCAAGUCAAUCCAGACGACCUACUAAGCCCUGUUGAGAAGAUGAAAAAAUACUGCAUAAGUGAGAACAUCUUCACAAGACAAAUGGUGGCCAGAAAUGUCGUGGAAACGAUGCAAACGGUUACGACAGAAAAAGACUGCCAUACUGUUUUACAAAUAAUUCACCAUCUAUCUGAAGACAUAGAGCCGUCAGUCAGGACAGAACUAGUCGAGCAGCUGCCGUCUGUCUGCAUUGUCUUAUCUGAGUUACAGCUAAGCAUGGAUACGGUCCCCAAAUAUAUUUUGCCAAUCGUUGUUCGAUUUCUCACCGAUCAGCAUAACCAGGUCCGUAAGUCAAGCCAGGGCUCGCUAUUGCAGCUGAUGGAACACGACCUGAUCACAAGAGAUGACGUCGAAGAACAAGUUUGUCCGGUUCUGCUGCAGCUGACUGAGCCGGACAGUGGGGACGAUUUCAGAACGGAAGCAGUUACGCUGAUGACAAAGAUAACAACACUUGUUGGCGCUGACAUCACCGAAAGACUGUUCCUUGACCGCUUCGGGGAGCUAUGCUCUGAUCCUCUUUUUCACAUUCGGAAAGAAUGCGCAUCAAACUUUGGUGAUAUAUCCAAUGUUGUUGGGCAAGAGGUGACGGAACGUGCAUUGCUAAAGCUCUUCAGUCGGCUUUGCCAAGACGGAGUUUGGGGAGUGAGAAAGUCUUGCGCUGAAACUUUCAUGGUGGUGUCAGAGUCCUGCUCCACAGAAACAAGAUAUGAAAAGCUGGCCCCAUUGUUUGUAAAUCUUCUCUGCGAUAUGUCUAGAUGGGUGCAAAUGGCAGCAUACCAAGCCUUAGGCCAGUUCAUUUCAACAUUUGCUGACCCCGACAUCGCUGGGUUUCGAAUCACUGAGCAUGGACUUGAACCAUGUCCCAAAAAAAUCAAGAGAUCGAAAGAAACAAUCGAUCAUCAAUUCGAAUCUGCAGAGACUAGGAACCAGUCAAGCCCUGUAGAAGAGAUAACUCAAGAAAGAUCUACGACAGAAGAAUCUUCAGAGCCAACUGAAAAGAUAGAUGAUGAAUCGCCUAUAGAUUCGCAGGCGUCCGAGGAUCUUUCGGGGAAUCCAUCUUUAAAUUCGAAAUCUGCUGAGGAUCGCCUUGCCUCUGACAGUAAUCAAGAAAGCGAACUGUACAAUUCAUUUCUUUAUUGGAAAAGCCCAGUAGCCGAGAUUGUGUUCGAUUCUGAAUUCUUGUCAUUGGAUGAAACAAAUUCUUCUAAAGCACACGAGAUUAAACCAUCUUUACCCGAACUAAGGGUUACUGACGCAGACAAGCCAACUGGUGUUGUUAAUUUGUCAAAGCAACUUAGCGAGACGAUGUCCGAUUUUGAUAUUGAGGAGGAGGUAAGCCUGAACAGCUCAGAGACGCUUCAUGAGAGCGCGAUGCAAGAUCACCAAAGACUUUGUUCACAGACUGUGAUUCCGCCACCCCUUCUCGAGCAUUACAUCUCAAUGACGGAACCCACUAAAGCUCAGACCAUCGAUACGGAACUUGCUCGUCAUUGUGCUUUUACGUUCCCUGGAGCUGUGCUCGCUCUGGGAAAGGAAAACUGGCAGUGCCUGAAGGAUACCUACGAACUUCUUGCCUCCGAUAUGCAAUGGAAAGUUCGUCGAACAUUGGCCUUUUCGAUCCAUGACUUGGCCCUUGUGCUUGGAGAAGAAAUAACAGUCACAGACUUAAUACCGAUUUUCAAUGGAUUCUUAAAAGACCUUGACGAAGUAAGGAUUGGUGUUUUAAAGCAUCUAUACGACUUCAUAAAGCUCCUUCCAGGUGACCUGCAGAAGGAUUAUCUUCCCAACUUCGCUGAUUUUCUCAAUCCAGAUAACAAUCGAAAUUGGAGAUUCCGGCAAGAACUGGCGGAGCAACUCAUCAUGCUUAGCCAGCUAUACGAACCUCGUGAAGUAAUCGAAUCGAUAUUCCCAAUCGCGAUUGCUCUGUGUGGAGACAAAGUCGCCGAUGUUCGAUCCUCAGCAUCCCGCCUUCUAGCAACGAUCUUGAAGCAAAUUCGAAGUUCAGAGGAAGCCGACCAAGCUCACGUGAAGGCUUUUGUUAAUGACGUCAUCAAGAUGGGGAACCGAAAACAGUCGUGGGUGAAACGAAAAGUGUGUGCCCAGAUUUGUCAAGUUCUUCUGAACGAGAGCGCGGAGGACCCGGGGCUAUUUGCCACAGACUUUCUUCCAAGUACAAUAGAGCUGGCUAAAGACGUUGUGCCUAAUGUUCGCAUAGUCGCUGCCAAAACACUGAGCAAGUUCACCGAAACAGGUCUGCAAGAAUUCUUCCGUGUAAAGACUGAAGAUGAUGAACUGUACGAAGUGGUAAUGAAAGCACUUGAGACACUUCGUGGAGAUGAUGACCAGGAUGUUCGCUAUUUUGCGGGUGCAAAGUCGUUUGAAGAAGUCAGUUUAUUCAGCGAUGACGCAAUGAAGAAUGAUGGUCAGUCCUCGGAAGAGUAUGGCGACGAUAGCCGGCAAGAAGGAGCUGAGAGUGAAGAAAAAUGCGCCCUUGUCGGAAAUACGUCAGAGGAUCCUUUGUUAACGGCAUUCAGCUAUAAAGACGAUUGCCCGAACGACGAAGAUGAACCUGAUAUCGACUCGUGCAAUAUUAGCGACGAAAAACUCGAGAAUGAUUCAGAAUAUGUUCCAGAGGAGUCACAAACCACGCCUCACGUACAAGAUGAAAUCUCGAGCAACGAGGGCUCUUCAGAAGUAAUUGUAGAAGAGGUUCUAGAGAACCUUAUCGAGACGAUAAAAAUCAAUUAAUGAAUGGCGGAUUUAUCGAAAUGGCUAGGCCAAUCAGGUGUGAUGUUCACCCGCCCCUGGAUGUGUUGAUUCCUGCGAAUUAAAGUUCAAGUGAAAACUUUAUCCAACCGAAUACAAGAUAUUAUCUCAAUUAUUGCUGUCGUGAAAUUCGGGUCACUGAACGUCAGAACUUAAGUUUUUCGUCUACUCUUAUGGAUCAAUCAGAGUUCGAAGUAGAACUUCCGUGAGGCAUUACUUGCCAAUGUACAUACAAAUGGUUUAUGGCUGAAAAUUGGCCACAAACUGAACUUCUGACAUGCUCAGUUCGACGCAGAAUGGAAUGUCUGAUUCAGUGAUAUUUUAGUAUGACGUCACUUUUGUACCCAGGUUUCCUGUCUCUUUAUGAAGUAUAUGCCUAAAAUCAUAUCAACAUAGAAAUAACUUUAAUUGAACCUUAGGUGGUGUACAAUCUCUUUUGCCCUUGUAAAUCAACGUCAUUUGAUACCUUUCAGAGUUUACGCGAAAUUCAUGCCUUUAGUAAUGAAGUUCUAUUCAGAAAAGACUUGUUUUUUUAUGAAACGUCGCCAAUAGCUUUCAGUGUGACCAACUAACGAUGGUCUUUCAUUAGCGAACUUAAAGUUGCAGCUACACCUCUUUAAUAAGACUUACAGUUUGUUUAUGAAAUACAGUUUUCUGCACUAUUUGACUGCUUUAACCAUUUUUUUGUUAAACUGGCGCAAUCAAGAUUUUGAGACAUUUGUCAAACCUGUGUGAGAAAUACAUGUCACCUGCUCUGUGUUGCGAAGUAUUUGCCUUCUUCCACUCCCGGUAUUUUGUGAUGCAUUGGGCCUAGAGAGGUCAGAUUGAAUCGGAGCUGCAACUCCCGCGUCUUUAAAACCUUAUAAAGCUUUCAAAUCUUGUGCCACUGUUUGUUAAAGAUUUAUACUCAAAAAGGGGCAUAUUACCUACUGAUGUAUUUUAUUUUUUACCUUCACCAAGUACGUUCCCUCUCGACAGCAUCUGAUUGCAAAAACGAUUUUUGAAAAACAUUUAAGAAAUUCCGAUUUACCUGUAUAUUUUAUAGACCAAGAAAAUGCAUUUUCGUAAAAUAGGAACUGAAUCGCGUGUUAAUUGACUAUUUUGAAACGAAAAGAUGUUAUGAAUGCUCAGUUGAAAGUAUUUAUGUUGUCUCUCUUUC